AUGUGUGACUACUACCUCCACAUCCACGCUUGCACACACACCUCCUCCGCCCUCGGCCGGUUCUGCCAGUCAGCAGCGCUGAUCCAGACGCCUUGCAAGAACAAGCAUGUCUGGCAAUCGAUCCGGCUCCCUGAUGGCUGUGAUGAUUGUGGUGGCGAUCCGGAGGUGCAUGAGCAAGGACCUGAGAGGCCGAAGAAGGGGAGGAUUGGGAUUGUGAAGAAGGGGGUUGUGAGGAGGAGGGCGAGUCAUUCUAUCAUCAGAAAGGCUCCCAGCUCAACGGGGCUCGAACCCGAGGUCUGGGCAAUUAAGGAACACCCGAGGGCGUGUGUUGCCUCUCAUACCUUACCGCUUGACCAGAAGGCCAGCGGCUUGACAUUCAACCAGCGUUUCAAGCCAACUGACGCCUUCAUCUGGAGCCCCCCGAACGCCGCCUCCUCUCCACCCCAUCCAAGGUAA